AUGCACGCCCAUCGCCUGCGGUUGUUCCUCUUGUACGCCUGGUGGGCUCUCCUCCAAGCGGGCGCUGCUAUGGUGGCUCCGAUACCCCUUCGAACGUGGGGGCAGCCCUCGUCGCCGUCCCCUCUCGCUUAUAUGCUGAGCCUGUACCGCGAGCCGCUGCCCCGGGCGGACAUCAUCCGUAGCCUGCAGGCGCAAGAUGUCGAAGUGGAUGGACAGAAUUGGACCUUUGCUUUUGACUUCUCCUUCCUGGGCCAAGAAGAGGAUCUGGCAUGGGCCGAGCUCCGGUUGCAGCUGUCCAGCCCUGUGGCCCUUCCUCCUGAUGUCCCGCUCUCCAUUGAGAUUUUCCACCAGAUGAAGCUGGAUGAAGAUAAGGACCCGCCCGACUGCCUGGAACGUCUUCAGAUGGACCUGUUCACUGUCUCUCUGUCCCAGGUUACCUUUUCCUCGGGCAGCAUGGUCCUAGAGGUGACCAGGCCCCUCUCCAAGUGGCUGAAGCACCCCAGGGAGCUGAGAGAGCAGAUGUCCAGUUUGGCUGGAGAGUGUUGGCGGCGGCCUCCCACACCGCCUGUCACUGAUGUGCUUCUCAUGCUCUAUUCCAACCUUUCCCCAGAGCGCAGGCGGCUGGGUGGCUCCACCCUGCUGUGGGAAGCUGAGAGCUCCUGGCGGGUCCAGGAGGGACAGCUCUCCCGGGAGAGGGGCAGGAGGCACCGUCGAUAUCACUUGCAGGACAGAAGCCAACUGUGCAGGAAGGUCAAGUUCCAGGUGGACUUCAACCUGAUCGGAUGGGGCUCCUGGAUCAUCUACCCCAAGCAGUACAACGCCUAUCGCUGUGAGGGCGAGUGUCCUAACCCCGUGGGGGAAGAGUUCCAUCCAACCAACCACGCAUACAUCCAGAGUCUGCUGAAACGGUACCAACCCCACCGAGUCCCUUCCACCUGUUGUGCCCCAGUAAAGACCAAGCCCUUGAGUAUGCUGUACGUAGACAAUGGCCGAGUCCUCCUAGACCAUCAUAAAGAUAUGAUCGUGGAAGAAUGUGGGUGCCUUUGA